AUGGCCAAGACCCUUGGGGAUCAUCUACUAAACACCCUGGAGGAGCUGCUGCCCUAUGACUUUGAGAAGUUCAAGUUCAAGCUGCAGAACACCAGCCUGGAGAAGGGCCACUCUAGGAUCCCCCGGGGCCACAUGCAGAUGGCCAGGCCAGUAAAGCUGGCCGAACUCCUGCUGAAACACUAUGGGGAGGAGUAUGCCGUAAGGCUGACCCUGCAGAUCCUGCGGGCCACCAACCAGCGCCAACUAGCAGAGGAGCUUCGAAAGGCCACAGGCCCAGAACACUUAGAUGAAGAAAAUAGAAUUGGUGGUUCUGUCCAGUCUUCUGCAGAGAAUAAGGCCAAAAGUGUGAAGGUACCAGAUGUCCCUGAAGGUGAUGGGAAACAGCAGAAUGAUGAGUCAGACACCCUGUCACUCAGCCAGGCUGAAGUGGGGAAGGGACCCCAGAAGAAACCACUGGCCAAAAGGAAGGAUCAGAGGAGCCCUGAGGUCCUGGACUCACAGAGGGUCAGAAGCACAGCACCUCUCUAUAGGAGAACCUUGGUUACCCAGUCUCCAGGGGACAAGGAAAACAUGGCAAGUGCCCCUUCGCAGAAAUGUCAGCUCUGCAGGGAGGCUGCAAGGAGUACAACAAUGUCCCAGGGAGGAGAGAAAUCAAGAAAGCUGAAGUGUAUUUGCCUUCAGGAAAGAAGCGACCCAGGAGUCUUGAAAUUACCACUUAUUCAAGAGAAGGAGAACCCCCAAAUUCAGAAGCUUUUCCGACUCAAGAGGAAACAAGAAAUGGGAGUUUCAUUCGCAUGAGCAGCUACCCUGAGUGGAAGGACUACAGGGGCUCUAGAAAAGGGCACAGGGAUUCCAGAGCAUUCCAUGGUGCUGGAUGAAGAAACAUUCAGAAACAUGUCUUCCAAAACAUCAUUGACUGGGGAGGAGAGGUGCACUACAUCAUGGAUGGAAAAUGGAAAUGGGAGUCCAGAAACCACAGAGUCCUCGAGAGAGACGGCUGGCAGCAUACUCUGCGACUCUUGUGAUCCAGAUGUGCCGUUGUCACUAUGUGAAAAAUCAGCCCAAACUCCAGAAGACCAAGCAUCCUUAGGACAGGCGGCUUGUAAAGGAAGGUCACAGGACAAGACUGCAUGCCCGCUUUGCCACACCCAGGAAGGAGACCUGCUUGGUGAUACCUGUGUGCAAAGUUCCUGUAGCUGCUCCAUAGCUCCUGGGGAUCCCAAGGCCCCAGGCAGAUGCGCCAUAUGCUUCCAGUGCCAAAGUUUACUUGCCAGAAAGAGCCGUGAAGCCCAGAGCCCCCAGUCCCUACCACAGUGCCCUCGUCACAUGAAGCAGGUGCAGCUGCUUUUCUGUGAAGAACACAGGGAGCUCAUCUGCCUCAUCUGCAGGCUGAGCCAGGAGCAUCAAGGACAUCGAGUGCGCCCCAUAGAGGAGGCUGCACUGGAGUACAAGGAGCAGAUCCGGAAGCAGCUGGAGCGCCUGCGGGAGAUGAGAGGAUAUGUGGAGGAGCACAGGCUACAGGGAGACAGGAAACCAGAUGACUUCCUGAAACAAACAGAAACACAGAAGCAGAGGGUUUCAUGUCAGCUUGAGAAGCUAUAUCAGUUCCUGGAGCAGCAAGAGCAACUUUUUGUGACCUGGCUACAGGAGCUAAGCCAGACCAUCAGCAAGGUCAGAGAGACAUACCACACUCAGGUUUCCCUACUGGAUGAGCUGAUUGGAGAACUAGAGGCCAAGCAAGACCAGCCAGAGUGGGAGCUCAUGCAGGACAUUGGAGUCACCUUGCACAGGGCUAAGAUGAUGACCACCUCUGAGCUGCUGGGCACUCCUCCAGGGGUUAAAGAGAAGCUCCACCUGCUCUACCAGAAGUCAAAGUCUGUGGAGAAGAACAUGCAGCAUUUCUCAGAAACACUGAACUCCGAAAUGGCAUUCAGUGCUUCAGAUGUAGCAAACUGGGAAGGACACCAGCCUAGCACAACACAGGCCCAGGGCUUGAUCCCCACCGUUCACCUAAAGUGUGAUGGUGCACACACACAGGACUGCGAUGUAGUACUUUACCCAGAACUGGAAGCUGGAGGAUCAGAACCUCAAGAUUACCUUCAUCCUCAGCCAUCUCAAGACACACCUGAACUACAUGAGAUCCAUUCUCGGCACAACAAAAGAAAAUUUAGAUCUUUCCUGAAAUGGAAACCUUCAUUCUCCAGAACUGACUGGCGCUUAAGAACAUGCUGGUAA